CGUCUUCUCCCUUGCCAAGUGUAUAUAACCAAAAUUUUCUCCCCUAGGAGCUUCCAGUGUAAAUAGAAGUUACUCCCUCCGUCCCAUUUAUAUUGUCCCGGAAGAGGGUGGCACGAUUAUUAAGAAAAGUGAGUUUGUGUGAUUGAUAUUAAUUGAUAAAGUAAGAAUAAAGUAAGAAUGAUUUAGAGCCACACAAACAUUGCCAAAUAUGGUAUGGGAUAAUAUAAGUGGGACUUCCCGAAAAGGUAAAACGAGACAAAAUAAAUGGGACGGAGGGAGUACAUCUUUAUCUCCUAGCAUGUGACUUUAGAUGAAACCAUAUUCCAGAAGAAAUUUGUCCACCAAAGAAAACCUAUGCUUUAUAAGAAUGUUGUGUAUUCGAGAUAACAACCAAGCUGUCAAGGUUGAAACAGAUGUUGCUCAUUUGUUAACAAUGCUUAUGGAUGGACGAAACAGACAACUGUGCUUAUGGGCUUCGGGAUUUCAGAAGGAAAGCAACGGGCAGAGGCUAUUCUUUCGGACACGUGCCUAGAGAAGGUAAUGGGUCGGCCCACUACUUAGCGACACUUAAUAUUGACACGGUCCUAUGUGUUAGAUUUGAUCAGGUUGGAAUUUUACCCAAUCGGGUCAAAUCCGCCUACUUUGCUGAUCUUUUUGGUAUUACUACUUUACGUUUAUAUUUGUUAUUUUGUUUUUAUUUUGGGUCAGGUCUAGCCCCCCCCCCCCCCCCAAAAAAAAAAAAUUCUUUGACUUUUAAUUGUGUUUUUUCUUUUAGAGGAAUGCCUCUGAAGGGGGGUUUUGGUCUGAUCCCCCUCUCUUUUGUAAUCUUUUCUAUCAUUAAUAAAAUAAAACAAUGGCAAAUGAUUCCCGGCAUUUGCCCCACUAGUGGGUGGUUUGCCUUCCGGGUU